AUGUCUUCCAUAUUACAUAUUACCCUCUUGGCAAGUGAAUGGAAAUCUUCCAAAGGAGGUCUGUCAACCAUAAACAGGGAGUUUGCCAUACAGUUAGCCAAGCAACCUAAUGUGUCAGUCAGUUUCCUUGUUCCAGAAUAUUCUGAGAACGACAAAGAAGCAGCUUACCUGUAUGGUAUAAAUGUAAUAAAGGCAGAAAUGUUAACUGGUUAUGAAGGAGUUGAGCGGUUGGUGUCCCCACCCGAGAGUCUACUGAUUGAUUUUGUAGUUGGACAUGGUGUAGUUCUUGGAAAGCAGGCACAGAUAAUAAGACGCUUACACAAUUGUAAAUGGGUGCAAGUUGUACAUACUGCCCCUCAUGAACUUGCAAUGUUUAAAAGUUACCCAGGUGCCAUUUCUAAGGGAGACGAAAAACAAAGGAACGAGUUAAGCCUGUGCGAAAAGGCUGACCUUGUCAUAGCUAUUGGACCCAAACUAAAGGAAUUUUAUUCAGCCUACUUGAAUCAGCGGGGGAAAAGAGUUUACAACUUAACCCCUGGAAUCUUUCACAACUUAUCGUCCAUAAGAGUUUCUUGUCAGACUGGUGCAAAGUUUCGUAUUUUAGUUUUUGGUCGAGGGGACGAAGAGGAUUUUGCAAUUAAA